GAAAAUGACUUGGCCACUGUAGCCGCGUUAAUAAUGUGAUAGCUUUUAUCUACAAGAAGCGUUACUUGGUCGUCAUCUACCUUCUCAGAAAGGGAGCUGCAUCAAUGGCGACCAAUAAUGAUUUUGGAGCUUUCAUUGAGAAAGUUACAAUCUCUCCAACUUCUACUUCCUCGUCGCCUCCUUCUCUACAGGGUCUUACUUUCGCCAUUAAAGACAUUUUUGAUGUGGAAGGACGCGUUACCGGUUUUGGUAACCCGGAUUGGUUAAGGACACACUCGGCAGCUACUUCUACAGCUCCAGUAGUUUCAUCUCUCUUAGAAGCUGGUGCCACAGCUUUGGGUAUUACCAUUAUGGAUGAAAUGGCUUACAGUAUAAACGGAGAAAAUGCGCAUUAUGGGACUCCGAGAAACCCGAUUGCUUUCGAUAGAGUGCCUGGGGGAUCAUCGAGUGGCUCAGCCGUAGCUGUAGCUGCUCGUCUUGUGGAUUUUUCUAUUGGAACUGAUACCGGAGGGAGUGUACGAGUUCCAGCAUCUUACUGUGGGAUUUUCGGUUUCCGGCCAUCCCACGGUGCAGUUUCCACUGUCGGACUUACUCCAAUGGCUCAGAGCUUCGACACAGUUGGAUGGUUUGCUCGGGACACAGCCACUUUGAAACGUGUAGGUUGCGUUCUCCUGCAGCAGCAUCACUUGAACCCCAUCGAACCAUCUCAACUGAUUAUCGCGGAUGACUGCUUCAAGCUGUGUAGUGUACCGCAUGAUCUCUUGGUGCAGCCUCUGGUUGGAUCCGUGGAAAAAUCGUUUGGAGGCAACACUGUAGUAAAGAAGGUGAAUCUUGGAGAGUACAUUGGACAGAAUGUUCCAAGCCUUAAACAUUUCAUGACAAGUGACGAUGUCACUACACAACAAGAGUUCUGCAUUCCGUCUCUCAUGGCCCUAUCGAGUUCAAUGAGAUUGUUACAAAGACAUGAAUUCAAGAUAAACCACGGUGCAUGGAUCUCGUCGGUGAAGCCAGAGUUUGGUCCUGGAAUAUCAGAACGAAUUGAGGAAGCUAUCAGAACAUCCGACGAGAAGAUCGACCAUUGCCGGUCCGUGAAAUCUGAACUGAUAACGGCUCUUUCAACUUUGCUCGGGGAGAAGGGUGUGUUGGUGAUUCCAACGGUACCAGGUCCUCCACCGCAUCUCCAAGCUAAUGUGGCUGCACUUGAAUCUUUCCGCAGCAGAGCCUUCAGCUUGUUGUCGAUCGCAGGCGUUUCUGGAUUCUGUCAGGUGAGCAUACCAUUGGGGCUACACGAAAAUCUUCCGGUUUCGGUAUCAUUGGUAGCUAAGUAUGGCUCAGACGGUUUUCUUCUGAGUCUUGUGGAUUCCCUUGCUGCAUUUAUUUGAUUGACAUGUCAUAAACUUAAUGCACUUUGAGCAUAUCUAUUUUGCUUUCUGUUUAUUAUGUCAUCGUAGCAUAUCUGAAUGGUUUUCUUGUCCCAAACCCAACAAUGUAUUAAAUAAAUUGUUGUAUAUGUUGGACAAUUGUACUAUUUGUCUUUUAGCGAAGUAUUAAUGACAACUUAAUAUUAACUAGA